GCACCUCGCCUGGCUGGUCAAGCUCGGGCUCACCGCGGCGCUCAAGGCGCUCUUCUACACGCCCUGCUUCUACUUCCUCGGCCAGCUCCGCCUCGACGCCACGGCCUACCUCGCCGCCGCCUUCGCCACCGGCGGGAUGGGCUUCGCCGGCUCCGCGGUCGAGAUCUCCCCGAGAUUGCCCGAGAUCGCCGGCUCCGCGGUCGAGAUCUCGCCGAGAUUGCCCGAGAUCUCGCCGAGAUUGCCCGAGCUCGGGAUGGGCUUCGCCGGCUCCGCGGUCGAGAUCCCCCCGAGAUUGCCCGAGAUCUCCCCGAGAUUGCCCGAGAUCGCCGGCUCCGCGGUCGAGAUCCCCCCGAGAUUGCCCGAGAUCUCCCCGAGAUUGCCCGAGCUCGGGAUGGGCUUCGCCGGCUCCGCG